AUGGUCUUUUGCAUUCUUUUGUCAGUCUUCUCUCUCUUCACCAGUGCCAUCUCUUCUUCCGUCUUCGUUUCGGCCUUUUCUCUGGUCAAUGAUUUUCACGUCCUGGUUUCUCUUAAACAAGGAUUUCUUUCCUCUGAACCAGCUUUAACCUCAUGGAAUUCAUGAAAUCCAAGCUCAGUUUGUUCUUGGGCUGGAGUUCUUUGCUCCCAAGAUAGAGUUGUUUCAUUGGACUUGACGGAUUUGGACCUUGGUGGUUCAGUUUCAGCUCAAGUUUCAAGGCUUCAUAUGCUCACCUAUCUCUCUCUUGCAGGAAACAGCUUCAGGGGAGGCAUUGAGAUUGCUAACUUGAGUAGUCUUCAAUCUCUUAACAUCUCACACAAUCAGUUUACUGGUGGCCUGGAUUGGAACUACUCAAGUCUUUCAUACAGCUUGCAAGUUUUUGAUGCUUAUGAUAACAACUUCACUGCUUUACUUCCUCUUGGUGUUCUCACCUUGGAGAAACUCAAGUACUUGGAUCUUAGUGGCAGCUAUUUCUAUGGAAAAAUCCCAGAAAGUUAUGGAAAAUUAGUGGGGUUGGAGUAUCUUUCACUUGCAACGAAUGAUCUUCGGGGGAAAAUUCCCGGUGAGUUGGGGAAUCUAACAAACUUGAGAGUGAUUUAUUUGAGUUAUUACAAUGCUUUUGAAGGUGGGAUACCAAAGGAGUUUGGCAAAUUGGUGAAUUUGGUUCACAUGGAUCUCGCAAGCUGUGGUUUAGAUGGUCCAAUUCCUCAUGAGCUUGGGAACUUGAAGCUGCUUGACACUCUUUUCUUGUUUAAGAAUCUUCUUUCGGGUUUGAUUCCGAAACAGCUUGGAAACUUGACAAACUUGAUGAGUCUUGAUCUCUCCAAGAAUAUACUCACAGGAGAAAUUCCAUAUUCAUUCAUCAAUCUCAAGCAGCUCAAACUUUUGCACUUGUUCUCCAACAAGUUGCAUGGUUCAAUUCUUAACCGUGUAGCUAACUGGCCUAAUCUGGAGUCCUUGGCGCUGUAUUCCAACAACUUCAGUGAUGUGAUUCCUCAUUACCUUGGCCAAAAUAAGAAGCUUGAAAUCCUAGAUUUGUCUUUCAAUAAGCUCACUGGUAGAAUUCCUGUUGAGAUGGGGAAUCUUACAAACUUGAUACAGAUACUUUUGGGUAACUAUCAUCAUCAUGUAGAAGGAAGGCCAAAUGAGAUUGGCCAUUUGGUGAAUUCGGUUUACAAGGAUAAUUUGCGUUCCCACAAUACUUAUGAAGGUGGGAUACCUAAGGAGUUUGGGAAUCUAGAUAAUUUGGAAUACAUAGAUCUCGCAAACUGUGGUUUAGAUGGCUCAAUUCCUCGGGAGCUUGGGAACUUGAAGCUGCUUGAAUAUCUUUUGUUGGAUUACAAUCUUUUUUCGGGUUUGAUUCCGAAACAGCUAGGCAACUUGACAAACUUGAAGCGUCUUGGCCUCUCCAAUAAUGCACUCAUCGGAGAACUCCCAUAUUCAUUCAUCAAUUAG